AUUUAUUUUUCAGUUAGGAGAUGACCCAAUAGUUGAAAUUGGUACAGGAAAAAUUAGAGGACGAACUGUAAAUUAUUCAGGAACGAUAUUUUAUUCGUUUCAAGAGAUCCCUUAUGCCGAACCACCAGUUGGUCUUCUCAGAUUCCAACCUCCAGUACCGAAACGAAAUUGGACGGGGAUUUUGGAUGUGAAGGAGAACACAAAAAUCUGCUACCAAAUGCAGAAAGACAACGAAAUGGAAAACGAAGAUUGCUUGUAUUUAAAUGUUUACACACCUAUCCCACCUGGUGAAAAAACCAAACUUCCAGUUUUGAUAUUUAUUCACGGCGGUGGAUUUGUUGAGGGAAGCUCCAUUUUUAGUCAGUAUGGACCGCAUCGUUUUAUGACUCAAGACAUUGUUGUGGUCACUUUUAAUUAUCGAUUGGGACCUUUUGGAUUUUUAUCGACAGGGGAUACAGUACUUCUAGGAAACAACGGUCUUAAGGACCAGAACCUCGCUUUGAAGUGGGUGCAACAAAACAUCGAUUUGUUUGGCGGCGAUCGAGAAAAGGUGACGAUUUACGGCCAAAGUGCCGGAGCUGCUUCGGUCGCUUACCACAUGUUGAGUAAAAAAUCAUCAGGGCUGUUUCGUGCGGCAUACUUAUCCAGCGGAUCCGCCCUUUGUCCAUUUGCGUACCAAAGGAACGCUUCGGAUUACGCUCACCAACUCGUUUCUCACAUCUUCGGACAAGACAGGAGUUUCGAGUCUUUGAGUUUAAGAAUGUUCAUGACUUUGGCGUCGGCCAAGGAUAUCGAUGUUGCUUCGGGAAGGAUUCCUGAGGGUGUUGGAAAUGAACAGAUGAUAAAUGGAUUUUUCUAUGCACCAGUCAUCGAGCCCGAACAUCCGGAUGCCUUUAUCACCGAAAGCAUGUACGAAAGUUUCUUGAAAGGCGAUUUUAACAAAGUACCGACUUUUGUUGGGCUCAAUUCCAACGAACUUUACUACAUGUACCUAAAUCCAUCAUUCAAAGAAAAAGUCGAAGACUACGAAAACCCCGUAUCAAAUUUGGUAAUCGAUGACUUUCACAUACAAGAUGAGCAAAAAAAGCUCGAAUGUGGUAAAGCAAUAAGAGAGAUUUAUUCUAACGGCAGUUUGGCGGAUGAUCUGAAGACUGCAGUAGACUAUUUCAGUGACGUCGGUUUUUCAAAAUCGAUCAUCAGAACUGCGGAAAUUUUGGGACAGUACACCGACGUUUAUUUUUAUGAACUCACUUAUGAGUUGAAGUUGUUCAACACAUCAAUACCCAAACCUGUGAUCCAUGGUGAAGAUAUUUUGUACAUUUGGAAUGAUCAUACAUUUCAAAGUAAGGAUAACGCAAGAACCAGCGACAGAUUAAUAAAGUUGAUUACAAACUUUGUUAAAACUUUAAAUCCAACUCCAACAAAAGAUGAAUUGUUGGAUAAUGUGGAAGUUCCGAAGGUGAAAAGUAAUUCAUUUACUUACGUGGAUAUUGGUGAAUCAUUGAUGAUAAAGGAGAAUCCUAAGGGAGACACGUAUAAGAAGUGGAAGAAAGUUUAUGAGGAUUUUGGAGUCAGACCUUUUGACACCUACUAGUUAAUCGCCAGUGAAAUGUCGAAAAUUUUAAGUAAUCUCUUCUGUGAUUGUUGAUUAGAUUUAUAAUUAUUUGUGUACAAUAAAUAAGUUUUGAA